AUGGCCACGGAGAAGGACGCUGUGAUCCGGGAGGAGCUGGGCAGCCUCCAUGGCAUGCCCUUCCACAAGUCCUUCAUGGAGGGCUGGCCACAGGUGGAGGCUUUCCAAGCCCGACCCGAUGAUCUGCUCAUAGCCACCUACCCCAAAUCAGGUACAACGUGGCUGAGUGAGAUUCUGGACAUGAUCUACCACGACGGCGACGUGGAGAAGUGCCGGAGGGAUGUCAUCUACAACCGGGUACCCUUCCUGGAAAUGAAAGUCCCUGGGAUGCUGAGCGCCCCCCGUCCCGCAGGUGUCGAGCAGCUGGAGAAGACCCCGUCUCCGCGGUUGGUGAAGACCCACCUCCCCAUCCACCUCCUCCCGACCUCCUUCCAGGACAAGGGCUGCAAGGUCAUCUACAUGGCCCGCAACCCCAAGGAUGUCGUCAUCUCCUACUACUACUUCUACCAGAUGGCCAAGCUGCACCCCGACCCCGGCACGUUGGCAGAGUUCCUGGAGACCUUCCUGGCUGGCAAAGCGGCCUAUGGGUCCUGGUAUGAACACGUGCGGGGCUGGUGGGACAAGAGGCAAGAGAAGUGGCUCCUUUACCUCUUCUAUGAGGACAUGAAGAAGGACCCACAGCGGGAGGUGAGGAAGAUCCUGCAGUUCCUGGGCAGGGAGGUGUCAGAGGGGACGGUGGCCAGGAUCCUUCACCACACGUCCUUCCAGGAGAUGAAGAAGAACCCCGCUGCCAACUACGAGACCAUCCCCACCUCCAUGAUGGACCACAAUCUAUCCCCUUUCCUCCGCAAAGGGAUAUCUGGGGACUGGAAGAACCAUUUCACGGUGGCCCAAAACGAGCGCUUUGACGAACACUACCGGCAGCACAUGGCAGGCUCCGACCUCGUCUUCCAGAUGGAGGUGUGA